AGCAGAUCGUCCAAGAUGAGCAAACCUACCGGAUCAACAAGUGGGUGUUUAGAUAUUUUAAAUGUCAAAUCCAGUCGCAUUUUGGAUAUUCCAUGCAAAGUUUGCGGCGACCGCAGCUCCGGGAAACAUUACGGAGUUUACGCCUGCGAUGGCUGUUCGGGAUUUUUCAAGAGAAGCAUCCGAAGAAAUAGGUCCUACGUCUGUAAAUCCGGUAACCAGGGAGGCUGUCCAGUAGAUAAAACGCACAGAAACCAGUGUCGAGCUUGUCGCCUGAAAAAGUGCCUGGAAGUGAACAUGAAUAAAGACGCGGUGCAGCAUGAGAGAGGACCAAGGACCUCCACCAUACGGAAGCAAGUUGCUCUCUACUUCCGAGGGCACAAGGAGGUGAACGGCUCCACGAAUCACUUUCCGGCCUCGUCUAUCCCGGGCCCGCCGUUCUUCACCGCCGUCACUCAGCUGGAGCCUCACAGCCUGGAGCUGAGCGCGGUGUCCGGUACCCCGGAGCGGCAGGCCAUCGUGGGCCUCGCACAGCCCACCCCCAAGUACCCACAUGAGGUCAGCGGGACACCCAUGUAUCUAUACGAGGUGGCGACGGAGUCCGUGUGUGAGUCAGCGGCUCGCCUGCUUUUCAUGAGCAUCAAAUGGGCCAAGAGUGUCCCGGCCUUUUCCACACUCCCUCUACCUGACCAGUUAAUCCUAUUAGAAGAUGCCUGGCGAGAACUGUUUGUUCUUGGUAUCGCACAGUGGGCUAUUCCAGUAGAUUCAAACACCCUUCUUGCUGUUUCCGGCAUAAACACAGAAAAUACGGAAUCUCAGCGGCUUAAUAAAAUCAUUUCGGAAAUUCAAGCUCUUCAAGAAGUUGUAACCCGAUUCCGGCAGCUUCGACUUGACGCCACUGAAUUUGCUUGCUUGAAGUGCAUCGUGACAUUUAAAGCAGUACCCACUCACAGUGGAUCAGAGUUGAGAAACUUCCGCAAUGCCACCGCCAUAGCUGCAUUACAGGAUGAGGCGCAGCUCACGCUGAACAGUUACAUACAUACGAGGUAUCCCACACAACCAUGCCGCUUUGGGAAGCUGCUCCUGCUUCUGCCGGCGUUGCGCUCCGUGAGUCCGUCGACAAUAGAAGAGGUGUUCUUCAAGAAAACUAUUGGCAAUGUUCCCAUCACCAGGCUUCUCUCAGAUAUGUACAAAUCCAGUGACAUAUAAAAGCACAAGGAGACGAUCCAAGAUGCUUACGAUUGGCGAACCCCUUACAUGACCGCGUGACAAAGUGCCAAGUCGAGAUGCCCAAAGAAUUGCAAUCCUGGCUUUUAAUAAGAAAAGAAAGCAUACACAAGAGGAGGUGCGGACGGAUGAGGGAAGAUACUCCCCAAAUAGCGGUUCCAUUAGAAAUUUGAUUUUUGUUUGUAUAAAGGCAAUUAUAAUUUAUGGUUUAAAUGCGCCUCCAGUUUACACGCGAGCGAAUAAGUACCCAGAGAUCGAUUUUACAUGAAAGUGCUCUAUCAGAGAUCCAGUGCUUCAGUGAUCAAUGAGCUUUAUGAUUGAUGUCCCUUUGCGACGAGUAGUUGCAGCAGAGGUAACCAAAAAAAAAAAAAUGGAAAAAAUAAUAUACGUGAAGUUGCGGCCGGGAGAAAUGGUCGCUGUCCUUGACGCAGUGCUGAAACCAAAGGCCGCGGCAUCUUGGUGCUGUAACCCACGGUAGAAGCGACCGACCCAGGCGGGGCACGGCUAAGUCUCCUGGGUGCCAAGGGCACGUCUGGCAUGACUUUUGAGCUUAGGAAAGCUUUUUUUUUUAUUUUCGUCAAAGCUGUUGGUUUUAAAAGUUGUAAACACAAACUUUUAGGCUGCUAUGGGAAACACAUAGAAGCAACUUUCAUAUUAAGCGUAGCAUUUUACGUUUUGUGCGUGUGUGGGUGGCAACGCUAUAUAAAAAAAAAAAAUUACGUUGUGACGUAGACACUAACACAACUUUAAGCACUUGGGUUUCUUUUUUGUAGGAUGUAAAUAUUUUUUCGGUGUACAGAGUGGAGUGUAAAUUUGUGAAAGUUGUACUGAUAUAUAUUAUUAGAAUAAAUGAUAUUGGAAUACC